AUGGGCUUCAGCUGCCCCAGCAGCUCCUCCCGGGACCACUUCAGCCACUCGCGCCGGUCGCUGCUGAUGGAACAGAAGAUGGGGCUGCAGCCCUUCCCGCAGUCCUCCAGGGCCGGGACGUUCAGCUUCAUGUGGUCCUCGCGCGUGGUCUUCCCGUCCCUCCGCUUCUUCCACAGAUUCUUCUCUGAUCAUGCCCUGAGCCGCGAGCUCCUGAGUGUUGGUUACGGCCUGGCCGAAGCCGGGCCGGGUACCCAGGUCCCGGCUUCCCACCCACAGGACAACCCAUGCUCCACCGGAGGCUCACGGCCCUCCGCACCCCUCCCCCACCAGCGCUCUGCCCAGACGCCUCCGCUUCACCGGCCUCCGGGCCCAGCGUACCCCAUCCACACUCCGGCUCCAGCCCGAGCCCCCACCCUCCCGCGGGAGCAGAUGGGAGCUGGAGGAUGCUCUCCGCGCGGGCUCCGGGAGCCCGGCUCCGCCAGGUGUCCGCGGUGGGGGGGGAGGCGGCCGGUCCGCGCGAGCUGCGUGCAGGGCAGCCGGGUCGGGGUCAGGACUCCGCCCCAGGGCGCAGGUGCGCAGUCCCGACCCGGCAGGCUGCCAGGCUGCGGAGCGGCCCGGGCGGGGGUCCUCGGAGAAGCCCCGACGUGCGAGGGUCCGCCGCCCGCCCGCACGCAGCGGCGCUCCAGAGACGCCGCGGGACAGAGCCCGUCCGCCGCGGGGCCCUGCGCGUUGCGGCGCCCCCUGCCGCGGGGGAGGAGGACGGGAGCCGGCGGGGGCGAGUCCGGAGGAGGGGCGGGGGUCGCCGCGCCGCGCGCCCGCGGCCGAGCCCGGAGCGGCGCCCCCUGGCGCGGGGGCGGAGGCGGGGAGAGGCCCCGGCUCUUACCUCCCGGGGUCCCGCGGGUGACGGCGGCAGCGGCCAUUCUACCCCACACCGACCCCCCCCCCGCGCCUGCUGACAGCAGCGUCCGACGUCACUGCGCACGGGGCGGGGCCUCCCCGUUAAGGGGAUUGCGGGGGGACGGGUGCAGCCAGGCAGCCCGGGGCGGUGGCCGCGUUCGGGGGGGGGGGGGGGGCGGCGCGCCGGGGGCAGGUUUCCGGGGUGUCGGGGACCCCGGGGCUCGGCGGGAUCCAGCCCGACUUCACUUUAGCUGCGUCCUGGUGGAGCGGACGGCGGCCUCCCUCCCCGCGGGCCUCUCCAUCACUGCUCCCCCGGCAGAGAGACACUCCGGGCUCGACUCGCUUGCUUUUUAAUGCCAGAACAGAGGAGUG